CUUGGCUUGGCUGAGGUGCAGAUGGGCCGUUUACUCCCCCGCAAAAAUGUUGAUGACUUCAAAUUGGUUAUUUUCUCGUUCACAGAUAUGAUCUAACAGGGCGGCUCUGAAUUACAACAGUGUCCUUCUUAUAGAAGCCAAUGUAAUGGAUACGGUGCCAUAGUAAAAGAUGGAAGUCGAGGUCUCGGCACAUCGCGUGGCUGCCUUAGCGUCGUGUGCCGAUGUCCCAUCUCUGGCACUUUCCAAGUUUUCGUCAAGCAUCGUUUUGUUUCACUGUGUUUCCAUGGCUUUGCAUCAAUCAAUUGCUUAUUCCCACGGCUCAUUAUUAUACGAUUGCUCCCCCCCUCUCUCUCGUCUUGGAAAAUUCUUAUCAUCUUAAUAUAAUACACUUAUAAA